CUUUCGACUUCUCAGUCAGAGGCUCAGACCCCCACCCACUCUUGCGUCUGAUAGAAGGAAGCCAAGGGGAGGCCAUGGUUCCUGGGCGGGCGCCUGCGUGAUUCUGUGCCCAGAUCGCCGGAGCCCCCAUCGGCGACAGCAACUAGUGCGAGGAGGAGGCAGCGGCGUCCUCGACUGGGGGAAGUUCUUCUUUUGCUUCUUUUUCAGCUUUGAAAGCUCCAUAUCUGAGACAGUAAUAUUUUGAUUUGCUUUACAAUGGUAAUGUAAUACUUUUUGUAGAACUGUUUAUAUUCCUUUUCUUGUAUAGGUAAGCCAUGAUUGAAUAAGUUUUUUAUUUUGUGCACUAUGACCUAGUGUUGCUGGUGUAUGAGCAUAUUAUGAACUAGCGUGAUCAUCCUAGAGUUAAUAUGUUUGUUCUAAGGGGUGUUGAACUGUUGAUUCUUGAAAAUAAUAUCUUUAUAUUUGAUUUGAUUUGCCAAGACGCUUUUGUAUAUGAUUAAAAAAUUAAAACUUGUAGCAGUUUUUGACUGGUUAGGGAGUAGUGCUAUUUUUUUGCUAGAUUACUGAACUCUCCCUCCCUCCCUAGUUUUGUGUAUGUGUCUUUGUGGAUCAGCUAGAGCUUAAUCAUAAUUUCACACAGUUAGGUGCAUAGAAUUAGUCAGUUAGAAGAACUAAAUUUAUACUAUUCCAGGAUGUGUCAUAUUUAUGUUUGUCAUUCAAGCAAAUUAUUUUUCAAUAUCAUGUCUGUUGUAGCAAAUUAUUUUUUUAUGACUAUGCAUGCAUUCUGCAUCAUAAUGGUUUGAAUCACAGUAUGUUGAUGUUUGUGUCCCCAAACUAAUAUAGAUUGGUGUAUGUUUGUACUACCUUUUCUUGCUGCUUCUUUUGCUAGAUGAGUCAACCUGCACGUGGUAAUUUCUAUGAUGAUGUCCAAGAUGAUCAUGAGUAUUUAGACUCAUCUGAGAGAGAUACUGAUGAUGAAAAUUAUGAGGGAGCUCCAAAUGACAAUGCACACAGUCAUAGUUCUGGUUUUGUCCAUUUGAGUUCACUUGAUGAUGAUGCACUUUUUAAUAUGCUAAAGAAAUCAGUGUGCACUUCAUUCAGGCACUUUAUUUCUGAAGUAUCUGGUUGUGUUGGUAGCAGCUCCAAAGUUUCUCAUGCUGCUCGAAAUACAAGCAAUGGUAAUAGUCGUGGUGUUGCUUUGAAGGCUGUCACAAAGCAAAAUAUCUCCUAUUUUUCAGAGGUUCUUGGCUCUCUGAACAAACACAAGCGCGAUGUCAUUGAGUCUUAUGGUUUUGGAUCUUUGCUGCUAUUUGAUAAGUGUGCAGUACCCCUCGCAUUUGCUCGUUGGGUGGCUGAUCAUGUCCGUGAAAGCAGCUGGGACAUUGUAUUGAAGAAUAAGUCCAUCCCCAUAACCCCACAAACUGUCCAUGAUGUGCUUGGCAUCCCACUUAGGGGGAAGACAAUCUCAAAAGCACAUGCAGAACAUGGAAAGCUUGCUUUCUUAAGGUCAAUGAACAUGUCCAGUCUGCCAUCCUUGAAGGUUUGCGGUCAAAAUAUUCUGAAAGAUGGUAUUUCCGAUGACGACCUUGUCCGCAAUUUUCUCGUAGUUGCACUAGUUGCCUUCCUAUGCCCGAACUCAAAUGUUCGCCCUAGCACCGAGUACCUCAAACCACUGGUUGAUGUUAAGAAAGCCAAAGAGUGGGACUGGAGCAAGUUUGUUCAUUAUUGGUUGUUCAAGCAAAUCGAGAAGUAUCAUGGGCUCAAGAAAGAUGAACAAGCUACCACUACUAUGGGAGGAUGUUUGUUUAUCCUUUGUGUUGUGUAUCUUGAUUUUCUCAAUACUGGCCAGGAACAAGUACCACCAACGCUCCCUCGUAUUUCUGUUUGGAAGGGGGACAUGAUCAAAGAUAUGUCCAAGUUUGAUUGCGUACAAGGACACACAUAUGGAAAAUGCAAUGUAUUACCUUUCAAGUCAACUUGUUAUUACAAACAAACUGGGGGUAGAACGCCAUCUCCAACUUGUGUUAUUGAUGGUGCCACUUUCAAGAAGACACUUGUUGAAACUAUUCAUGGGAAUAUGUCUCCUGAGACGCUGAAUGAUGUCACUGAACUAUACACGAAGUAUGCAGCAGGGAACAUUGAUUCAGCUCCACAAACUGCUCAAAAUAUCAUUAUUGAUGUCAUCAAUUAUUUUCACCAGCGAGCUCAACGUGAUAAGAUAGCGAGCACGAGCAACGAUGACAUUCCAAACGAUCAGAAGGAUACUAGAUGCAAUAUGGAUGGCAAUCUACCUGCAGGAGAAGACCUGGCCGCUGAUGGUGGCGCUCAUGUUGAUGUUGAAGGUAAUGGGGAGGCUUCAGCCGCACACGAUGAUUGUAGCGGCAAUACUGUCAUUAUCACUCCAAGCAGUGGUGACUGUAGCUCUGUGUGGCAGUACCACCCUAAUUAACCCGGCUCAAGUGCGCUAACCAUCAUCUUAAGGAUAAUCCCGGCUAACACGCACUUCAACCGGAGUAAUUCGGCAGCGCUGUCGGGUAAAGUCCCGAAGAAUCCACCUUAGCAUCGA